AUGGCGCCUCCUAAAUUUGCUGGCCUUUCAGGCCGGCCGCUCUCCCUGACCGUCUCGACUGUUGCUACCAUGGCUUUCCUUCUCUUUGGAUAUGACCAGGGAGUCAUGAGUGGUAUCAUCUCCUCUCCAGUGUUCAACGACUAUUUCCCCGAGACAAGAGACUCAACCAUGCAGGGUCUGGUAACAGCCAUCUAUGAGAUUGGUUGUCUGAUAGGUGCCAUGUUUAUCCUGGCCGUGGGAGACUUGCUCGGCCGCCGAAAAGCCAUCAUCAUCGGCGGAGUCAUCAUGAUCUUUGGAACCAUUAUCCAAGUCACCUGCAUGCGUGGCCAUGCCCAGCUUGCGCAGCUCAUCAUUGGCCGUAUCGUCACCGGCGUUGGCAACGGCAUCAACACCUCAACCGUCCCAACCUACCAGGCUGAGUGCAGUAAGACAUCCAACCGUGGCCUGCUCAUCUGUAUCGAAGGUGGCAUCAUUGCCUUUGGCUCGCUCAUUGCCUAUUGGAUCGAUUAUGGCGCAUCAUACGGACCUGACGACUUGGUCUGGCGAUUCCCCAUUGCCUUCCAGAUUGUCUUUGCCCUCUUCUUCUGCACGGCCAUGAUCUGGCUCCCCGACAGCCCCAGAUGGCUCCUCACGCACGAGCGUUAUGAGGAGGCGGAAGUCACCAUUGCUGCCCUCCGUGGAUAUGAAGUCGACAGCGAAGAGACCAAGAUGGAGCGAGACAUUAUCCUCGACUCCAUCAGAGCCUCGGGCUUCGCCGGCCAGAAGAGCACUCCCAUCAAGGCCCUCUUCACCAACGGCAAGACGCAGCACUUCCGACGCAUGUUGCUCGGCGCCUCAUCUCAGUUUAUGCAGCAGGUUGGUGGCUGCAAUGCCGUCAUUUACUACUUCCCCAUUCUGUUCCAAAACUCCAUCGGCGAGACUCACAACAUGGCCAUGCUACUCGGCGGUAUCAACAUGAUUGUCUACUCCGCCUUUGCCACCGUCUCAUGGUUCAUCAUUGAGCGAGUCGGCCGUCGAAAGCUGUUCCUUUACGGCACCGUUGGCCAGAUGCUUUCCAUGAUAUUGACGUUUGCGUGUCUGAUUCCGGGCAAUCCCUCUGCCGCCAAAGGAGCAGCCGUUGGUCUCUUCACCUACAUUGCGUCCUUUGGAGCCACCUGGCUGCCGCUCCCAUGGCUCUACCCUGCCGAGAUCAGCCCCAUCAAGACCCGUGCAAAGGCAAACGCUGUUUCGACAUGCACAAACUGGCUCUUCAACUUUUUCAUUGUCAUGAUCACUCCUAUUAUGAUUUCCAACAUUGGCUGGGGAACCUACCUGUUCUUUGCCAUUGUCAACGCCUGCUUCUUCCCCAUCCUGUAUUUCUUCUACCCAGAGACGGCGAACCGAUCGCUGGAAGAGAUUGACAUCAUCUUUGCCAAGGGCCACUCUGAGAACAUUUCAUAUGUCAAGGCCGCCAAUGAGCUGCCUUUCCUGUCUCAUGACGAGGUCGAGGAAUACGCUCUUCGAUACGGCCUGGUCACCAGCGCAAGCCAAGGUGCUGCAGGCAGGGAGGAGGACAAGUCGAGUGAGAGGGGGAGCUCCAGCGAAAAGGGAAGCUCGAACGAGAAGGAAAUCGGCACAGGAACCGAGUCCGAGAAAUGA